GACUGAAAGUUAUUUUCUCAGUUCCUGUCUUCUGUUAACAAGAUCCCCGUCUCCAAUAGAGGUUCGCUCAGGGCCUCUGAAAAGAAAACGAAGCAGGAGAUGAUCGGAGUCCGGAAAGCUCCUGUAUAGCGCAGGUAGAGUGUAAGUGAGAUGGCUGUCCGAGAGAAAAUUUUGCUGAGUACAGCUAGUUACCUGUGGUCACUUGAUGAUGUUCUUGGUCAAGGAGCAACUGCAACGGUCUAUAAAGCCAGGAACAAGAAAUCGGGGGAGCUGGUAGCGGUAAAAGUGUUCAACCCAGUUAGUUACCUGCGGCCUUAUGAAGUCCAAAUGAGGGAGUUUGAAAUGCUUCGUAAACUGAAUCACAUCAAUAUUGUGAAGCUUUUCACACUGGAGGAGGUGACACAUGUCAAUACAAAGCAGAAAGUUCUUGUAAUGGAGUUCUGUUCUGGCGGCAGUCUGCUCAACCUUCUAGAGGACCCAGAGAAUAUGUAUGGCCUGUCAGAGUCAGAGUUCCUUAUUGUGCUGCAGUGUGUAGUGGCAGGCAUGAACCACCUGAGGCAUAAUGGAGUUGUUCACAGGGAUAUCAAGCCAGGCAACAUCAUGCGAGUGGUCGGAGAAGACAAGCAAUCCAUCUACAAGCUGACUGACUUUGGAGCAGCCCGAGAGCUGGAGGAUGGUGAGAAGUUCCUCUCCUUGUAUGGAACUGAGGAGUAUCUGCAUCCUGACAUGUAUGAGCGUGCAGUGCUUAGGAAACCCCAGCAUAAGGCUUACGGAGCCACUGUGGAUCUUUGGAGCAUUGGCGUGACAUUCUAUCAUGCAGCUACAGGAAGUCUUCCCUUUAUUCCUUUUGGUGGGCCACGCAAGAACAAGCAACUCAUGCAUAAGAUAACUACAGAGAAGCCACCUGGAUCAAUAUCCGGCAUACAGAGAUCAGAGGAUGGACCAAUUGAGUGGGGCUAUGAAUUUCCAGUCACCUGUCAGAUGUCCCAAGGUUUGAAGAGCCAGCUUGUGCCAGUCUUAGCCAAUGUCUUGGAAGUUAACCAAGAGAAGUGCUGGGGUUUUGACCAGUUCUUUGCAGAGACAACUGACAUCAUUCACAGAGUAGUAGUCAAUGUAUUUUUUGUCUAUCAGGCUACCUCCCAUCGGAUAUACAUCCAAGCGUACAACACGGUUUCAAUCUUUAUGGAUGAAGUUUUUGCACAGACAAAAGUGCGACCCCAGAGCCAGCAUUACCUGUUUGAAGGACACCCCCUUCUGCUAGAUUCAUCUAUGAAAGUGGACAGCUUACCACCAACAGCCUCUGACAAGCCACUGUUUUUGUAUAGCUGGGAGUACGAAAGGCCCACUGGAGUUCUUUAUCGUGAACCGGAGAUACCAUUAUUCCCACCCAAGUAUGAUGUGGUUGCAGAUUACAGUUUAUCCAAGAACAUUGUCGGAGCUGUGCAUCAGUACUUGAGGAUUGCCCACUUCUUACAGAGUUGCCAAGAACUGACACUACGUGGUUGCUAUUGGCUGGCAGAACAGCUUAAGGUGGACUACAACAUAAUUCUCCAGAAAACACACAUGUUCACUUUCCAGCUGUUACUCUGCAGAAACUCAGAAGAUCGUCUCUAUAAGCUGUUUGAAAAUGCUGAGGACUUUAGUGCCCCAAAAUGUAAAGAUUCACCUGAACAGAAGAGGAAGUUGCAAGUGCUUCAAGAAACCCUCUGUGGAUUGACAGACUCCGUUCAUAAUUCUCAGAACAAGCUGGAACGUCUCAGAGUAGAGUGGUCCAAGCAUUCCGCUUUCUUAGCAGAAGAUAAAACCUGCCAGAAAUUGGAGUAUUUACUUGAGAAGAUAUCUUCUGUCUACCAUCAGUACCGUAAGGACAGAAUGAUAGCUAAACUGGCUUACAAUGAUGAGCAAAUACAUAAAUUUGAAAAAAUCAAUUUAUCAGUAUACAGCAAGAAAGUGAAGCUUCUGUUUAGGGAAGAUUGUCUGCAGAAGUAUCAGUCCCUCCUGACGUCUGCUGCCUCCUGGACGAGUGUGCUGUUUGAGAUGAAGAAUCAAAUGAUUGAGUUCACCAAACAUUUCCAGGGGCUACUAGGAGACUUGGAAAAAUGGGAAGAAUACUUUCAAAAGGAAUUAGAAACAAAUCUCAGGAAUUUGCAAAAAAGUGCCAACCAGCCCAAGGAAUCUGCUUCAAGCCUGGAAGAUGCAAGCAUACAAAUGGCCCUCAGAAUCAAACAUCUGAAGGAUGAUAUGGAAGUUAUUGCACGAGAGCUACAGCAAAAUAACAGAAUUAUCGAAAGGUUUCAAGACCCGACUUAUACCUUUGGAGCUCUGACUGUCGGUUCAGGCAUCUGAAGACUGGAAAGAUUUACUGUAUGUGGAAUUCAUUUUUUCCGUUAAUUCUCAAGUACUGUCUAGGAGACACACUGCACUUUGACUGUAGUUUGAACAAGUGAACUCAGAAACAGUACAUUCACCCUAUAAAACUGUGCUCUCUGAAAUAAGUAACUGUAAAUAGGAAAAACGUUUGUUUACGAGAUCCAUUUCAUGCUAGAACGCUUUUCCAAUCUGUGCUUGUGCCUCAGGUUCUUUUAAUUUGUAGUUGUGAGCACACGUUUACAGUAGCUCUGUGGAGCUCCAGUAAUUUAUUAGACCUUGUAAUAAGGAUUGUUAUAAUUCCUUAAGAGAAUUUUACAGUUCUAAGUUGAUUCUGAAAGAAUUUGCACUUAUGUGAGAAUUUAAAAUACUGUAACUUGUACAGCUUUGGACUAUUAAUAUUUUAUAGACCUUACUGAACAGUUUAUGGUAAUUUUGUUAGACAUUUACAUACAUACAUUAUAAUAAGUCUUGAUAUAAAUGUCAAACUGGAUUAGGUUUUAAUACUUUAGGGCAUAUUCCUAUUUUCACUGUGGUUCUUUAACCGAUGAAUCUAUCAAAGUGUUUUGAAAUAUUGUUUUAAAUUUUACUAGAAAACACAUGUUCAAAGGCUGCAGUCCUAUUGGAUAUUAUACUUACUUAUUAUUGUUGUAAUUCUUACAAUGCCUUGAAUAUGAACCUUUUUAUUUAAUCAAGAAAUUAUAAUUUUAAAUGUUUUUCAGAAGCAUGUGUAGUCUUAUCAUAAUAAGAAUUUUUUUUUUUGUUUUUAUUUUUAAACCUUUAAAAAAAAUACUGUAAAGAAUUUAUUAUAAAUCUUCUAGUGGCCUUAGAGUAGACAUUUGAAGCCAUGCUUUGUUUGGUUACUAAAUUUAUGGAUGCUUGACUGCAUCAGUUAAAACCUUAUCAGAAGAGAAUAGUAAACAGACGUGUGCAUUAUGUUAAGAUGUUUCGUCGUAACAGAUUUCAUGUUUGAAAUUCAUCCCUGUAUAGUGUGUGUAUGUAAUUGUACUUCUGUGUGUCUGUCUGUGUGUAUAACACAACUGGAAACUAUGGGUCUGUGUGCUUUAAAUGAUUAACUAACAAAAAUGUAGGAUUAACCCCCCUCUGCAUGGAGGUUGACUGCAUGUUUGCAGAAGCCUUCUGCUUAUCUGCUGUUUGCUUAGUGUGUUGUGUUGUUUUGGAGUGGAAGGUCAGUGGCCAUGUUGGAUGCUGCUGAUAAAUAAAAGAAAACUCUCCCUGUUCAAGAGUGCUGUACCAUUAACCCAGUAACAAAUCCCAAUGUGUUUUAAGAGGACUACUGCCACUAGAGGGCACUCUUUGUCUACAAAUCCACAGUGACACUGGUCUGCAAAAUGCAACUCAUACCUACAAAUUGGUUUCAUUGUGAAUAGUUAUUUGCAUUCCUGCCCGCAAUUACAAAAAAUAAUUUGAAUAUUUCCAUCAGGUCACAUUUAAGUAUAAAAUUAAUGAAUUACACUAUGUAUGCAAUACUGCUGUAAUUCCAUUUACUGUGAAAAUAUUUGGUCAAUCUAAUAUGUUUAAACAUAUAUAAAGUAAACAGUAUCACAUUUUCAUUGACAUGCAUAUAACUUCUCUUGUUUUUGUCACUUCUUGUUUGGUGUACCCCUGUGAAUCAUUCAGUAGCAGUCCAUCAUCAAAAUGACUUCUCAGCCCCACUCACCUUUCCAUGUCCUUGAUAUCCAGAUGAAAUCUUUCACUCUGCUCUUCACUCACUGCUCCAAGAUUUUCCGGGAAGCAAGCAUAGUAAACUUUUAGGCACAUGUUGCAACCCAAUUCCUUAAAAAUAACUAAUACAUUUUUCACGAAUGUAUAUAUAAUUUGCAUCUUUAUUGUUACUUAAAGACUUUCAAAUUACUUCUUUGAGUGAUACCCAAGCCUCUUGUUGCACCAUCAAAUGCUGCUUUAGAGACUGUUUUUGUAAUAUCGGGCAAACACUGAAACUUUCAAUGUCAAACAGACACCAUCUUUUGACGAGACUUUGACAAACUGCCUCAUUAAACCAAGCUUAAUAUGAGAUGCUGGUAGCAGCACUUUAUCUGGAUGCACCAAGCUGGGUCUGGUGACAUUUUUUUUUUUUUGUUUCUAGCUGGCCAUUCUUUCUGAACCCAAAUGUACAUUCUGGGUCACAGAGUCACACCAGGCCUAUUCAGAGUCGCCUGUCAGCCCAUAAUACUCUUAAUAAUGUGUUGUAUGUGACAGUGUCCAUUAUGAAAGGAAGGAUACAUCAGAUGAAGGUGAUAUGCGCUAUAUAUUUGUUAUGGACGCUACUAGGCAUUCUGGAGCAGAUAAACACCAUUCAAAACAUUCAGACAUGGUGUUUGCCUUGACAGCUGAUUCACUCAGUAAGAUGCAGAGAAGUUUCAGGUCUCCACAUAUAAACCAACAGUGCUCACUGUAGUUAAUAACUUUUGUUUCGAAAAAAAAUAAAUUCUAAACCAAAGAUUUUACUAUUAGAAUAUAUUAUAUUGUAAUAAAUGUUCAUUAAAAUAAAAUAUUGGUAAUCGAUUAUCAUCUGAAAACAAUACAAAAAUCGUGUAACUGACACCUCAGUUGUGUUUUGUGACAAAAUGUUACGUGAUGGAGAAAAUUUUUUUUUUUCAUUUUUUAAUUCAGCAGCCAUAAAUAUUUAAAAAUCACCUGAAAUAAUCAAAACAAUUUUUUCAGUAUAUUCCUUUGUGACUUUAGGACAAAGGUAAAGGUAAUGGUAGUUAUCUUUCUAGAAUAACACAGCAUGUUUUACCCCAGUGGCCGUGAGCCGAUUACCUUUUCCUUUUCACAUGCUCUGUAUUGGCAGAUACCGGCGGAUGGUGUUUGGUGUGUGCUUACCUCAUUAGUGCCCAUCAUCACUGGGGGCCUUCUUAGAAAAUAUAAACUCAUUUCUUAGGUUAAACUUGUAUUUUGUCAAACUGUAAGCAGACGUCUGCGGCCAUAGCAUAUAAAACAAUUCAGCAAUAUAUUAAUAUUCAAUGUUAUUUAUGCUUAAUUACAAUAUGUUUUUGUAAUCAUGUUCUUUAAUGUUUGAAUGUUUUCUCGGUGAAAAUAUGCACUGUUGGUCUUUCUAGCUGAAAUUUUAUUUAAUACAAUUAAUUAUGCAGUUUACCACACAACCAUAUUUAGAAAUGGAGUGCAAAAAUGACACUCGACAGUCUCUAGGGGCAAUGUUGGCAUGUCCACAUGGUCACAUUUCAUGUUGGUUGGAGUUGAAAAUGCUGCUGAUAAUCAGAACUCCGAGUCUUUAAUGAUGAAAUAUGCACUUAAUGUUGAUUUUAAUAAGUGAAGACAAGAUGGGCAUUGUGAUAUACAACUCUGUUUCCAAACAAAAGUUAGGACGAAGAGACCCUGAACUAUUGAGCAGCUGACAUAUUAUAUCAAGCAAAAAUGGGACAACAUUUCACAUUCAAAAUUACAGCAACUGGUUUCCAAAAUCCACAAAUGUUGACAGAGUGUUUUUAAAAGAAGCCGUGAUGUAAUUCAGUGGUAAACAGGCCUCUGUCCCAACUUUUUUAGAAUAUGUUGCUAGCAUCAAAUUCAAAAUGAGCAUAUAUUUUAAAAAAAAAAAAGUUAAAUUGAUUAGUUUCAACAUUUGACUUGUUAUUGUACUAUUUUCAAUUAAAUAUAGGGUUUACAUGAUUUGCAAGUCAUCACAUUCUGUUUUUAUUUGCAUUUUAGAAGCCUGCCAAAUUCUACUUUAAAAAAUAAUCAUAUAUAUAUAUAUAUUAAUUAGACAUAUUUGAGUUGACCAUCAAAGCUGUCUGGAUGGUCUCUUAGUCUUAUGUCACUGUGCGAUUACCCAUCAGACAAAAUAUUUUUGGUACAAUA